CUGCGCGGUUUGAGUUUUAAUCUGUUUAUCUUUCUCGUGGUUCAGUAGGACAGCGAAACCUUACAGACCAUCAAGUAUUUAGCACUAGUGGGAACGUCCUAUCGCCGCUUAAAUAUAUCCCUAUGGAUAUGCAGUCUCCUAAGGGAACAGUCAAUGACCAGAAUCUACCGGCCGUAGUUGAGUUGAACGUUGGAGGCCAACUAUAUACAACGUCUUUGCCGACGCUGCUGAAAGAUUCAGACUCGUUGUUGAGUGCAAUGUUUAGCGGUAGGCAGAAAGUCCCUCGAGACUCCAGAGGUCGCUUUUUUGUCGACCGGGACGGCGUACUAUUUCGUUAUAUUCUGGACUACCUACGAAACUGUAAACUGGCUCUUCCUGAAGGAUUUAACGAACGAGAACGACUGUUGAUGGAGGCAGAACACUUUAAACUCAAGGGAAUGGUUCGCGCUAUUCAGCGUGAAAGUGAUACUCCAAAAAAUGGCAAAGACAAAGCUCGACCCGGGGGUUAUCUGUCUAUAGGAGUGCGUGGAACGUAUGCGUUUGGAAGAGAUGGGGUGGCAGACGUCAAGUUUAGGAAACUCCAAAGAAUUCUAGUCUGUGGAAACGUUGCUCUGGGAAGGGAAGUUUUUGGAGAUUCUCUUAAUGAAACCAGAGACCCGGAUCGCGACGACCAACGCUACACAAAUCGUUUCUAUUUGAAACACAGCUACUUGGAAAAGGCGUUUGAUCUGCUAAACGAGCAUGGUUUUCGACUGCUAACUAGCUCUGCUGGGGGCGCAGGCUAUGACCCUGAAAACGAGGAAACAAAGUGGAACCACUUUAAUGAUUAUGUGUUUUUUAGGGAUUGAUUAAUUAUACCUUGCCGGUGAUGACUGGCUGGAUAAAUGGAUAAGCUAUAUAUGCUGUGUAUAUCAGUAUCAGAUUUUGAAAAGCUGUCUCACACACAGCCUAACUCUUGAAAUUUUGGCGUUUUUGAAAAAUGUCCACCGCCUCAGUUAAGUCUGGUUACUGAACUGGCGCUUUCAAUUCAAAUAGAUAUUACUUCGUUUUUUGAGACACACAAAGACGUACCUUAGGCCCAACUACAGCUAGCUAGUUAGUUUUAUUCCGCGAAGUAAGCGGGGAAAUUGUUAACGUGUUAUAGAUGUUUUUCGUACAAUUUCCAAAAUGGCUGAUAAAACUUCAUGGUUUUUUUUUUGAAUUAAAAACACGGAAGAUUGAACCGGCGUCGAAAGUCAAUAAACAGAAAAAGAUUGUAAAUUUGCAUCUCGGAAACGCUGAAAAUGAAAGACUGUGUAUAGGUAGAAAACACGUUUUAGAACAUCAAUUUAUUUGCGUGAAGUAACUAUAAUUUCACGUUGAACAACAGCAUUGAAUAAAGACAGAACAGUGGGGAAAACGGCCAGUAUGUUAUUUGGUUUAGCUAGACUGCCAGUUAAAAUAAAGAAUUAGCUAAUCAUUAGCAUGAAAAAUAUAAAAUGCAUUCAAUCGAAACUCGAAUGUAAAAUGUUUUCUUUUUUCCCCCAGCAUGAUUCGAUAUGUUUUCCUUUUUAUUCUUCAUUUCUUAAGUGAAAAUAAACUCAAAGGUGAUUGAAGUUAUGGGGGUUUACUUUACUAGCUCUUUUUUGUCAUAGGUAGUCCGACUUUUGGAAUAAAAAGCUCAUUACACAA